AUGGCGCUCUUCGUCAUCCUGUCGAGCUUGCUGGGGGCCCACGGCAACAAGUUCUACUCAUUGCCCAGUGAGGUUAAUGGCUGCAGUCUUCCUGUCAAUGACGACUGGUGCACGAAGCUGGUGGCCUUGUGGGACUGUGACAUUCCUUGGAAUGUCCAGUGCCCGCAGCAGGACCAUCCAAUGGGCGCCUCGCACAACGAAGCUACAUUGCAACAGACUUGCCUUGCACAAUGUCAGCAGGCCGCAGCAGAACCUGUGGCUGAACCUGCGGCAGAACCUGGAACCGAAGACCCAAUGGAAACGGCAGAACCUGGAACCGAACCUCCAAUCGAACCUGCAGUGUUGGAACAGGCGCAAUUUACUGCAAAGCUGAUGGCAGCUAUCGGGCAGCGAGCCGAUGAAGCUGAAGCUGCAGGCCAUGUGGAGAAGGCACGCAACUUGCGAAUGGUUGCAAAUAAGGAAGCCUACAUCCAGCUGCAAACCGCGGGUGUUCCCAGUGAUUCACAACAAGUUCUGGCGGCUGAGAUGGCUGCUCGCCAGGCUGCUGAGGACGGAGCACGUUGA